AUGCUUGUCUUUCUUUUUGCACUCCUGAUUUGUCAUAAACCUUAUAUAAAGGCUGAAAACCCUCUUUGUCAAAAAAUGGGAGACCCUAAGUAUCCACUGCUUUUCAAGAAUGGAGACGUAACUAUUGGAGGACUUUUUUCAAUCCGCAGCAUAGAAAUAUUGCCUUCGUUUGAUUUUAUACAAAAGCCCCAGCUUCUAUCAUGCUCCAGUGUGAAUUUGAGAGAUUUCCGGAUGGCUCAAAUCAUGAUCUUUGCCAUUGAGGAGAUAAACAGAAGUAAAAGUUUGCUCCCAAAUGUUUCCAUUGGUUACAAAAUCUAUGAUAGCUGUGGUUCAAGACUAUCUUCUAUGAGUGCAACUAUGGCACUGAUGAAUGGUCAUGAGUUUGCAGGAGGGGACAGAUGCCAUGGACAGUCUCCUAUACAUGCUAUUAUAGGAGAAACUGAGUCUUCUGCCACAGUGAUUCUGUCCAGAACUACAGGACCAUUUAAAAUCCCAGUGAUAAGUCACUCAGCCACAUGUGAAUGUCUAAGCAAUAGGAAAGAUCACCCUUCAUUUUUCAGGACUAUUGCUAGUGAUUACCACCAGAGCAGAGCACUUGUAUACAUAGUCAAAUACUUUGGCUGGACUUGGGUGGGAGCUGUGAACAGUGACAACGAUUAUGGAAACAAUGGAAUGGCCAUAUUUCUUAAAACAGCCCAGGAAGGGGGGAUUUGUGUGGAGUACUCUGUGAAAUUCUAUCGAACAGAGCCAGAAAAACUCCAGAGAGUGGUAGACACUAUGAAAAGAAGCACCACAAAAGUGGUUGUUGCAUUUCUUUCCCGUGUUGAGAUGGUUAAUCUACUUGAGCAGCUAAGUAUUCAGAACAUUACAGGCCUACAAGUAAUUGGCGUGGAAGCAUGGACAACUGCAAAAAGUUUGAUCACUCCAAAUAGUUUUCGUGUUCUGGGAGGAUCACUGGGGUUUGCAGUGAGAAAGGUCAACACUGAAGGGUUUUCAGAUUAUGUUAUAAAAGCAUUCUGGGACACAGCUUUUCCAUGCUCACAGACUGGGGGUAAUUCCCCUCAAGAUAAUUUAAAUUGCAGCAGAUAUAAGGAUCUACUUGUUCUGAAAAAUUACAAUGAAGAUGUGCCUGAGCAAAGAUAUGCAAGCAAUGUCUACAAAGCAGUUUAUGCUGUAGCUCAUUCACUGCACAAUCUACUCAAGUGCAAAGAACAAGAAGGUUGUGAGAAAAAUCUGACAAUACAACCACAGCAGGUGGUUGAAGCUCUGAAAAAGGUCAAUUUCUCAGUAAAGUUUGGAGAUCGUGUUUGGUUUGACAACACUGGUGCCACGGUAGCCCAAUAUGAAGUUGUGAACUGGCAGCAGGACUCAGAUGGAUCAAUCCAAUUUAAACCAGUGGGAUACUAUGAUGCAUCAUUGCACCCUGAACAGCGCUUUGUGGUUAACAUUAAAAAUAUAAUCUGGGCUGGAGGACAGUUGGAGAAGCCAAGGUCUGUGUGCAGUGAGAGCUGCCCUCCUGGCACUAGGAAGGCUGCACAAAAAGGAAGACCUGUCUGCUGUUAUGACUGUAUUCCAUGUGCAGAAGGGGAAAUCAGUAAUGAGACAGAUUCAAAUAACUGCAAGCAGUGUCCAGGGGAAUACUGGUCUAAUGCUGAGAAAAAUAAAUGUGUGUUAAAGACUGUAGAGUUUCUGUCAUUCACAGAAGUUAUGGGUAUAGUUCUAGUCUUUUUCUCACUGUUCGGAGAAGGAUUAACUGUGCUGGUGGCCAUCCUGUUUUACAGCAAGAAGGACACACCAAUAGUAAAAGCCAACAAUUCAGAGCUGAGCUUCCUGCUACUCUUCUCACUAACUCUGUGUUUUCUCUGUUCACUUACUUUCAUUGGUCGGCCCACUGAGUUGUCCUGUAUGUUGCGUCACACAGCAUUUGGGAUCACUUUCGUCCUCUGCAUCUCCUGUGUUCUGGGGAAAACAAUAGUGGUGCUAAUGGCAUUCAAGGCUAGACUUCCAGGAAGUAAUGUCAUGAAAUGGUUUGGGCCUUCACAACAACGACUCAGUGUUCUUGCCUUUACACUUAUACAGGUUCUUAUCUGUGUCCUUUGGGUUACUUUAUCUCCUCCAUUUCCCUACAAAAAUAUGAAAUAUUAUAAGGAAAAGAUAAUUCUUGAGUGCAGUCUUGGUUCUACUCUUGGUUUCUCUGCUGUACUGGGUUAUAUUGGCCUUCUGGCUGUCUUGUGCUUCAUUCUGGCUUUUCUGGCUCGCAAGCUGCCUGAUAACUUCAAUGAAGCCAAGUUCAUCACAUUCAGUAUGAUCAUAUUCUGUGCUGUAUGGAUCACAUUUAUUCCAGCGUAUGUGAGUUCUCCUGGAAAAUUGACUGUAGCUGUGGAGAUAUUUGCCAUUUUAGCCUCAAGCUUUGGUUUACUGUUAUGUAUAUUUGCACCAAAAUGUUAUAUAAUUCUGUUCAAGCCUGAAGAAAAUACAAAGAAAAAUGUAAUGGGAAAGAUUUCACUUAAGUUUUAA